AUGGGUGUGCAAAAGAAGACUCGCAAGUUUGCGCAGAUGAAGCGCGCCAUCAAGGCCCGCGAUGAGCGACUGAAGAAGCCGGAAGCGAAGAAGGAGACGCCCAAGGAGGAUCAGCUGACUCGUCAAGUCACCCAAGCCCCUUCGAACAUGUUCUUUGCCGCAAACACUGCCCUUGGCCCUCCCUACCACGUGCUGGUCGAUACCAACUUUGUUUCCCACGCUAUCCGAGCGAAGCAGGAUCUACUUACUUCGAUGAUGGACCUGCUAUACGCGAAGUGUGUUCCGACCUUCUCAGACUGCACCAUUGCGGAAUUGGAAAAGCUGGGUGACAAGUACCGCCUCGCACUUCGGGUUGCCAAAGACCCUCGGUGGUCUAGGGUCAAGUGCUCUCACAAGGGUACCUAUGCAGAUGACUGUAUCGUGGAUCGGGUGACGAAGCAUAGAAUUUACAUUGUGGCGACCAACGAUCAAGAUCUGUGUCGCCGUCUGCGCAAGAUUCCUGCCGGCAUAAUCGGCCUCUCCACAGCCCUCUACAUCCAACAACACCUCUCCCCAUCCCAACGCGUUCUCCUCGCAGCCCGGGACUUCCCCCACAGCACAUCCCUCAACUACGCCUCACCCUGGGCCGGCGCCCACUACCGUCCCGUCCCCGGCUCCAACGCCCAACACACCCGAGAAGAAACACAAGCCCGCCGCACCUACGCGCACUUCAAGACACUCGCAGCCCAGGAACCAGGUGCGGGCGUCCAAUCCAUCACUGGCAUCGAGCACCUCGAGAACCCGCCGGCGGAGUACCUCGACGAGAAGAACAUCCAGGCGGCGUAUGGGCAUCUGGAUGGGUUUGAGUACUUACGGCCCGAGGAGGUGCCGGGGGAUGUGAAGUGGGGAGUGAGGUAUAAGACAUAUGUGGUGAAUUCACCGGUGUAUUGUGCGUGGUUGCUGCGGGAGUUUGUCUUGAGGGGUGGGGAGGUGAAUGAGUAUACGUUUGUGGAUUUGAGGGAGGGUUUUUAUCUUGCGGAGAGGGUGGGGGCGGUGGUAAAUUGCUCUGGGUUGGGGUUUGGGGAUGAGAAAAGUUAUAUUAUUCGGGGGCAAACGUGUCUGGUGAGGAAUCCUUGCUCGGCGACUAUCACUCGACAGAAUAGCGAUGGCUCGUGGUCCUUCUGUAUCCCGCGUCCGUUGGGUGGUGGGACGAUUAUCGGGGGCACAAAGCAGCCGCAUAAUUGGGAUCCUAAUCCGUCGAUGGAAACACGGGCCCAGCUACUGGCGAAUGCUGCUAAGUGGUUUCCCUUCCAGGAGGGAAGUACAGGAGAGUUCGAUGUUAUUCGUGAUAUUGUUGGUCGUCGACCGGCACGAGAGGGGGGUAUGAGGAUUGAAGUGGAGAAGAUGAAUCAAGGUGAGGAGGUGAUCGUUCAUGCGUAUGGAGCGGGGGGUCGUGGGUUUGAGCUGUCCUGGGGUGUGGCGGAGGAUGUCUACGAUCUGAUGCGACAGGAAGGACUGAUGAAGGAAAAGGCCUCGCUAUAA